AUGAGGCCCGAAGCCCGGGCCAGGCCGGCCCGGGCCGCCCGGCCUGACGCACAAGCCUGGGAGAAACGAAACAUUUUCAAAAAGAAAAAUCGUGUUCAUCGGUGCGCCAAAGUUGCUCCAAAACAGUACUAAUUUUUGUUUUGGAGAAAUGUUUUGCGUUUCGUAGCAAUUUUCGUUUUAUCCGAUGAACAGGCCACUAAUUAAAUAAUUAUAUUAACGCUGACAUGGGGAGCCUGAAGAUCGCCAUAACGUGUAGUUCAGAGAAAGUGUUGUGGCAAUCUUUAGGCGCUCCAGGCCUGGAGCGCUCACAUCAUUUCAUUUUUGCAUUUUUUCUUUCACAUCCUCCAGCAAAAAAGAUGCUGAAAAGCAACUGAAAAGAUUCGUACGAAUUCAAGAAGGAUCCGCUGGGGCUAUGAAAAACGAGCUCAAAAGCUUUUUUACAUCCGUUUAGGAGCUUUUAGAGCAACCGUUUCAGCUCCCUCUCAAGAUCUUUUGAGGGUCUUCAAAGAAACUUUUCAGUUUUACCUAUGAAAUUGGUUGUUGUUUUUUUUUCACUUAUCAUCGACUAGGUGGGAUUCAUAUUCUUCAAAUGUUUUCAUGAGGUGAAAACAUAAUAAUUUUCACUUUUUUACUGUUAAAUUUUCGAAUUUUCGAUGUUUUUUCUCCUCUAUCGGAUGUUUUUCAUUGACAAAAGGAUUUUCAGCGUAUACCGAAUGCCUUUUGGCCACCGAGAAGACGAAAAACCUCGUCAGGGUUUCCAAACUAGCGGAAACGUUGGAUUUGGUGCUCAACAAAGUGACUCUCGUUUAUUCUUGAUGACAUAAUAUUUCGUUUUUGCAGAUGCUUCUUUUAAUGACAACUCGGGCAACUCGAAUGAUAGACGGCCACCGUCACACGGUGAGAGAUACAUUUUAUUAUGGACAAGAAAAGUUUUAUUUGCUGGUUACACUUUUCUUUAUUUGGUUGACCUCAAGUUUCCACAGAAAAUACGUUUCAUAAGAACUUUUAAUGUUUUGGCUUUUUUUUUUCCUUUUUUAUAUAUGAAAGAAGAAGUUUUUGUGUGCGAAAAGCUGCGUUAAGCUUUGAAAAAAGUUUCAUUCGUACAUUUUUAUUGUGAACUUUUGGAUUUCCAGCUUAGCGCUUCUUCCGAUGCUUAUAAUUUGUUCAGAAGUACUUGCUGUGCCGUGAGAAUUGCACUUUCAAAAAAGUUUAAAAUGGAAAAAUCUAAGAUCUUUGAAAUUACAGGAAUACAGUCUUUACCUGAAUAUAUAACGUUACAGUAGAUUUUCAGGAAACGCCGGAUUCGGUAGACCAGAAUCUGGCCAAAGUCGACCGGGUGGCUUUUCGCAACCACAGAACGGCUUUCCAAGCAGCGGUGCUUCGCGAGGUUAUGGAGCGCCGCAGAACAACAGCGCGCCGUGGAAGAACAGGUCCGACGACGUGAGGUCGGAGAACGACAGAGGCACCUCGCGAAGAUCGCCUCCUCCGCCCCAACAGCGCUACGAAAGGCGCAGUCCUGAACGCAACGCCUCUGACGGCCGCAACAGUCGACAGGACACCGGCUUCGCCAGAAACGACAACCAGAGUGGCAGAAGAGAGAUGCAAUACGGCAGACAAGGCGGCCAGUUCAACAGACAAGACGACCAACACGGUAGACCGGAAAUGGAGUACGGUAGACAGUCGGGCAGACCAGAGAAUCGAUCACAAAGCGACUUCGAUAGACCUCGAGGCCGAGAAGGCUCCUACGAUCGGCCGAGAGGCAACGACUCGUGGAAUCAGGGUUCCCGAGAUCGCGCUCCUCCUCUUUACCAGGAGCCUCAUCGUGGUCCAAGAAGAGAUGAAAGACCCAAUCGCUCCGAAAGGUCUCAAAGCGGGGAAAGAAACGGAGGCGGCGGCUACCGAGAUGACCGCAACUUUGGUCGCGGCGGGCAGCAGAAUCGCAGAUUCGACAACGAUUCUGGCCGCGACAGUUACCAGAAACCUAGACAGAACGACAACUACGAGCGAUCGCCGCCGAAUGACUACUACCCGCGGCAGGAUGACAACUAUCGUUCACAGGGUCCUCCUCGAGGAGACGACUACUCGGGUCGUGGCCGCGGCGGCGGCGGACGUGGCGGCUACAGCGACACCCGACGUCGUUACGACGAAAGGGACAGCUACGACGACCGCGACAACCGACGACGCGGUCAGUGGGACGAUGACGACGGCCCCAAGAACCGCACUCUCCCUAAUAAUCACGGCGGCUUUGGCUAUAAAGGAGGUAAACUGAAUAUGGUCUGAAUUGAAGAAGAAUGUAUGUUAGAUGAACAGGAAAGUUGAGAACAAUAAUUGGUUGAAUAGGCCUUUGAGGCGCCGUUUUGACUGCCAGUUUUGACUGCCAGUUUUGUAAGGAAGAUCUGAGAAUGAAAACAUUCAAAAUUUGCCACAGAUUUUUCAAAAUCUUUUUUGCUGCGUUUGGAAGCGCACAAAUAGGCCAUGAUUUCCACGAAAAAAAGCUUUUCGCCCGUCAAAAAUCAAAUUUCAAACACUCGGAAACGUUCUACCUUCCUACAUCAAUCUCUUGCAGGUAAUGAUAACGAUGGACGAUCUGAGCAGUCUUGGCAAAAAGAACCAGAAGGUAACAUAUUCGUCCGAAAUUCCCAUUGCUCUUAUGAGUUUGCAGAGAAAAAGCGAGCUCCUCAGGGCUGGAAUCCGGAAGAACAGGCCAUUGAGACCUUGUUCGACGAUACGGCCAGAAAAGCCGAAGAGUUGAAACUCGACGAAGAUCAGCGGCUUGAAGUCAAAAAUACAGACAUUAUGGACACAAUUGCGUAAAUGCCUCGUUUUUACUUUUGCCGUUGGAAAUUCGAUUUGGUUCAGUUCGUGGGUGAACAGCGGCCUGGAUCCGUUGGUCCUACGAAAUGUCAAAAGGUGCAAUUAUGACUAUGUGCGCCCCAUCCAGGCGGCAGUGAUCCCUCAAGUAAGAUAUUUUUGAAGAAAGGUAUUCAAAAUUCAUUAUCACCAUGUUGAAAAUCUCGUUAACGGACAGAAAUGCGAAACUUCAUUUGAAAUAAGAUCUUCAACAUGUAUCUAUAAUAAAUUUUCGUUUCUGCAAAAAAAGAAAUGAGAAAAAAAGUUUGAUAAAGAGAUUCAUCCGCAUUUUUUUGAGGCAAGUGACAGGUUAAGAGACCUCAAGUAAAUUUUUCAAGUCCUUUUUUUUAUUGAAUAGUUUCAAAAAUCACUUGAAAAAUCACUUGAAAAGGUUCAGUUCAGAAGCUUCAGAAGGCAGAAAAAUUGAAUGAGAAACUUACUGUUAAAAAGCUCUUUUAGCUUCUAAAAAAAGUGAGCUCGAAAGGAGCUUUCUGCAUUUUAUCAGAAAAAUAUUUAAAUAAUUUAUUUCAACUUUUUUUCCGGCUUGAAUGAUUGAUGGGCCUUCCAGAUUUUUUUGAAAAAUAAGUGAUUUAUUUUACUUUUUCCCAUAAGUAAACUGCAUAAACUGAAUAUUUAUUGAGGUCCUCGCCGGAUAUGACGUCAUCGGCCAAGCCGAAACUGGCGGCGGAAAAACGGCCUCCUUCGCCUUGCCCAUUCUUCACAAGGUCCUGCUAGAUCUCAAUUCAUUCGAAUAGACAGUUUUUCGUCUUCAGCUACUACAACUUCCGAAAUCGGAGCUCGAGACCAGAAAUAAAUCCUCGCCUCUCGUUCUGGUCAUUGCGCCGACUCGCGAACUUGCCAAACAGCUCUAUGAAAACUUCCGACUCUACUCCCAUGGUUUCCUUUUUUUUCAUCUAGUUUUGCUCGUUUUUUCUUGCUAAAUUUUUUUGAGCCUUUUAAAAGAUUCUGAUCGAUGACUUACCAUGAAGAUCUUUUUACAUAGCUGCUCGAGAUUUUUCUGGAAUUUGGCCAGAACCUUCGAACAACCUUAAGCUUUGCGCCAUCUUUGAAAAAGAAUUCUCUCACAGAUACUGGAAUCGAAGUGAAGCUGUCUUACGGAGAAAUGUCGAGAUGGAAGAACCUUGAAGAUAUCGGCCGCGGAUGUCACGUUCUGAUCGGAACGGCUGGCCGACUCAUGGACUACGUCAAGACCGGCAGCGUUCGUCUCCAUCCACUUGCUCAGACCCAACGUUUCGGUUUCAGAUCAGCCUGGGAAAAAUGCGAUUCUUCGUUCUCGACGAAGCCGACAAGAUGCUCGAAAAUAUGCACAAAGGCACCGACGAGCACUUGGCUCAGAUCGUGGAGGAUUCUAAUUACGAGAAGGUCCGAUCAUUUUUCUCAGCUUUGCAGGAACUAAGAAGAGCCUUUUUGCCACGUUGUUUUUUUUCUAGGAAAAGUGGUGCAAACAUUUUUUUUUUCCCCCUGUAAUGAACUCACGUUUUUAUUCUCAAAGUCGCCAAUACUUUUCGAAAAUAUCCACUCUCCCAGUAAAAUUUAUUCGAAAAAAAGUUCUUUUCGAUUUUGAAGGUUUUACUCAAAAACUAGGAAAUCGUGCACAUCAAUGCUUUCAUUAUAUACUCGAAGAGAGAGUUUUUGGCAAAUUUGUAGAGAUUUUUGAUUUCUUUGAGACCUGUGUUUGUUUAUUUAAUUCAAUCAAGCUCAAAAGUACAAAUCACAGAAAAGGAAGUAUUUGAGAGAUCUGAAACCCGAUAUAAGAACGCCCUAAGGAGCGAUUUACUGUUAUAAAAGACACGUAUUAGUAUUAAAAAUUGAGAGCGAAAAUUUCAGAUUUUUACCUUUUUAUUUUAAAAAGCUCACAAUUGUUUUGAAGAUAUUUCAGUCUCAAACCACUUCUCAUCGAUCAGUAACUUAAAAUGAGAAUCGUCUUGCAGAUGAUGCAGCAGAAGGACCGCCACCAGACGUUGCUGUUCAGCGCGACUUUCCCCGACAAGGUCGAAUCCGCGAUCCGGCGUCUGAUGCGACCUGGACCCAUCAAUAACGAGUUCGUAAAAGUAUCCAAAAGAGGAGCUUUUGAAAGAAAAAACUUUCGGGCCCUAUCAUGAUUUUUUAUCGGAACGUUCCUCAUUGCGAAGACUGUUGAAAAGAAAAAUCUACAACAAGUUUUAUAGAGAGGGCUAAAAGCCGACAAAGAGGUCGUUUUUUCUUCGAAGAUGAGAGAACGAUACUAAGCUUCUUUGCACGUUUAUAAGAAUUCGAGAAGAAAUUUCAAUUAACUUUUCUUCGAGUAAAUUUUUGAGAUCCUUGAAAGGUUAUUUUUGUCCGUGAAGAAAUUCAGUUUAGAAAAUAACGAUUCGAAAUCUUGAAAAUCUAUAUAUUUUUUUUCCUUUCUAAAGCUUGGCUGGCGAGCCAUGAACAACUUUGAAAUACACCUAAAAGUUGGAUUUGAGGCCUGUUCGCAUCGUUCUCGCCAAAGGAAAGUUGAACCCGCGAAUCAAGCUCACGUUCGUCAAAGUCAACGGGUUGAGAGAGAAGACCGAAAACUUGGAGAGAAUUUUCGAGGGUCUGAAAAAGGAGGGUGAGCAAAGGCUUCGUUGGUUUGAACGAGUUAUCUUUUUGUUUUCAGAAAUUCCAAAAACUUUGAUUUUCGUCCAAAAGAAAGCCUCGACGGACUUUAUAACAGCAAGCGUCAAUGUUAGUGAACGCAUCGCUGAGGCCAUCAGCGGGUAAAUAAAUCCUCCUUUUUUCAUACGAACUGAUCUUUCGGUGCUACGAGAACGGCGAGUUUUCCUUUUUUGAAGAAUACUGCAUGUAAAAUUCUGCAUUUAGGGUGUCCAUUUUGCGUGUUUGCACAUGGCGCGUGGUCUAUCUCCGCGCAUUUUCGUUCUAAAUUUCGUCGAAAUGAAUUAAAAUUUAUAGGAAACAGUUGAGUUGGAUCAACUUUUUAUUCUGAUUCAUCAUGAAACAAAAUUUAAAAGUUAAAAAAAAAACGGAAUAAACGCGAAGAUGGACCACUUGCAAUGUGCAAACACGCAAAGUGAACACGCUAAAUGCGGACUUUCAUUUACAGUACUCUGCGAAGAGAAAACUCGCUCUUGUCGUAGCACCGAUCAUUUCGAAUUUGAUUUUAACUCAAAAUUACGUUUUCUUUUUCUUUUUGUUUACUUGAGAACGUGAAAGUAAUACCAUUAACUCUUUUUUGUACGGUGCUUUUGAAUCGAUGCUUCGAAAUUCAUAUUGGAGCUUUUUCCAGUGGUCAAAAGGCCCUGAUCGGUUGAUGAGCUCAAUUUUGAAGUUUUCAAGGUUUCUUUUUCAGAGAUUUCGCGCAAGAUAUGAGGGAGGAUAUCUACAAUAAGUUCAAGAAGAACGAGUUCCGCGUCCUUGUCGGAACCGAUCUCUGCUCCAGGUCUUUUUUUACAGCUUCUCGAUUAUUGUUUUUGCAUGAAAAUUACCAUUUCUCAAUACUCUUUUUCGAUAACUACUUGAGCCAUAUUUCUGUCUCGAAAUGAUUCAACGAUUUCGCUAUAACUAUCAUUGAAGGACUCUGCUUUCAGAGGUCUCGACAUCAAGGACCUGGACCGUGUGAUCAACGUCGACUUGCCGGGAGAAGACGUCGACCGGGCCAUCGACACGUUCAUCCAUCGGGUCGGCCGGACCGCCCGUCUGCACAAGGGCGAGGCGAUCUCCUUCGUCGACGUCAGGAAACCAGAAGACAUCCGACUCUGCCCUGGCUUCGUCGAAGUCAGUAACCUCUAUUUGAAAGCGCUACGGAUUUACAAGAAACCCGAGAAAAAGUCGUAGCCUGAGGACGGAGAUCUAAUUUCCGCAUAAAAAAAACUCGAAAACUUGCCUCUAAGUUCACACUUUAUGAAAUUGAAAAGGUCAGCCUUUUUCAGCUCCUGAAGGAGACGAACCAAGAGGCUCCGGGUUGGCUUCAAGAUUUGGCCCGAAGCAGUGGCGGCUCUUCGUUUGGAUCUGGAGGUGGCUUCGAUUUUCUACCAUUUAUUCUGUUUUUUGGCUCAUUAUGUUUAUUUAUUUUGAUCAUUCUUCACUUUUAUGUGGAAUAAAUGAGGAAAUUUUUUCAAAGGUUUCAACUCUGGUUUCAACUCCGGUUUUGGUGUCUCGAAAUCGUCGGCGCCGGUGACCUAUGGAGGUAUGGUUUUACGAAAUUUUUCAUUUAAUAUAUGAGUCGAGGAAACAGAAAAAUGAAAUACGAAAAAAAUUUGAUUACCAUUCGUAGUUCAAUUUUUCUCAUUUUUUUCUCUGAAAUUUUUAAACAUUCUCAAUUGUAUCACUCAAGGGAAAUUUUCCAACUGUAAUUCACGGUGGAAAAAUAAUAUUUUCUAGUAUAAUAACUAAUCUACUCAUGUUAACCUAAUGAUUAGUUGUAGAUGGUGUCAAAGGAAGUUUUGGUCUUGAUUUUGGCGCCGGUGAAGAUUCUCACGACGAGAUUGAAGAAGAUAGUACGUUGAUCUUCAAGUUUAAUUAAUUAAUUAAUUAAUUUUUGCAGAGAGUCAAGCAUCUUCUUCUUCGGCCGUGAAACCUAAAGGUUUCUGAAUGAAUUUCUAUUGUGAAAGAUUUUAAAGGAUUCUGUCCGAAAAUCCACAAUAUCUGAAGUUAACAUUUUUAGAGCAUCAUGAGACUUUUCGAAGCUUUAAGACACCAAAAAUAAGAUUCCACCAUGUUGCUCUUUUUUCAAAAGCGCUCUCUAAUCUUUGGAAUUUUCCUCGUUAUAGCCUUUGAAUCAUUUCCAAGAUUUUGAAGGCAAUUAUUUGCGUUUUUUUCAUUUGACAUCUUUGUAAUUCAGGACUUCGUACGGAACAAUUUAGGUUGAAAAUUUUUCAAUUCAAAGAUGGUUAAGUUGAAUAAAAAAUUAUUAUUUUUCAGUGAGCGACGCGCCGACGACGACUUUCGGUAAAUCUGGCUUCACUGGCUUCAAAAGUAACUUUUUCGAUAAAUUAUUUAGCCAAGAACAUAUUAUUUUUUUAUGCCGUGUUCAAAGUAAUUUCCGCGAAAUUCAAAAUAGCCGUCAGAGAAAGAGAAAGAUAACUAAAUUUUGGAGAGUCAGAGACCAUAUUGCAUUUCGCGAAAAUUACUUUGAACACGGCAUAAGAUUAAUUUACUAUUUUCAGAAAAUGACCAAGAAAAAGAAGAGACGAAAAACGAAAAAGACGAUGACGACGAAGAUUGUUCGUGGUAAUAAUCUCUUCAUAGUUCACCAUUUCACUGUUGCAAUAGUCUUUUUUUUUGUCUGUUACUAAUAAUCUUUACUCGAGUUUGCUGGCUUUAUUCUUUACACUGAAUGCUUUUGACAACCUUUUGGACACUGACCCAGCUUGCCAACGAAAUAGAAGUUUCCACUGGUGAAUUAUUUCUUUUGUGUUUGUUAAAAAUGUUUUCUCAAUCAAAUAAAUCCCUUGUUAAGUAGGAGGUUUUUUUUCGAAUGGGAAGAAUGUUGAACUUUCUAAGGCAGUGUUUGAAGGUUGCCGGAAACUAGGUCAAACAUUUCGUUUACCAAUCAGGUAAUUUCGCGACUUCAUCCCCAUCGGGUUUUGUCACUUUUUGCAGUAAGAUUGGGAAAUAGGCAAUCGAAGACGAUGAAUCGUUUGUUUUCUGAGAAGUUGUUGAUUCAUAGCUGUUUUAAGAGUGAUAGACAGUUUUUACUGAAAAGAAAAUAGAAAUUUCAAAUUUUUUCUUUCUUUCAUUGAAAUAAAUCAGAUAUUUGAAUCUAUCUUUUUUUCUUAACUUUUUUGAAGCCAAUUAUUCAAUUCAUCUCGGCGCCAGCUCUCCGAAAAUGUUUGAGUUUAAUCUUAAUUUUCUCGAACCUGUUUUAAUGUUUUUAAUUUUUCGAGUUCUACUCAUCCAUCGAUUCGUAUUUGCAGACUGUAGACUACAGUACACUACAAAUAUUCAGGUUAAAAGUUCCUAUAGUUCCGACAAAAAAGUUAAAAAUAAAAACAUGAGAACGAGAUAGGAACAUUUCGAGUCGCGGUAAACGAAGUGCGUGAUUUGGUUUCACUGGAAACAGCAUCACAGAGGUUGAGAGGCAGUUCAAACUGGAGCAGAACGAGGUGAAAAAAGAGACAAUCUUUGUAUCGAGAUCCGAGGCUGCUGCAAAGAAGGCCAUAAGUGGUUGGAUGGAAGGUGGCGAGGGGAAGUAUUGACGUCGGAAUGGCCUUGCGACCCACGGCGGCGGCGAUUUUGAUCGCCCAAGCAGAUCAUUUCGCUGCUGCCCCGCACACCGCACACGCUUCUUCUCUCUCUUUUCAAAUUACCCAAUUUGUUAAUUUCCCGACUUUUUGUCGAACUAUCCAUGACUGGCUUGGAGCGCCAAGUCUGCACCGACCAAAAAAUUAUUCCAUCGUGUGGGAAUCCGUUUUUCGAUGACUCAAGUCUGAAUCUUCUAUAUCAUGCUUCAUCUUUCAGAGAUCUUUGCAUGACCUUGCAUGAGUCGAUACCAUAAACUCAUUUUGAAGCAGAAAAGCUCAGUUUUCUAACCGUUCCACCAAAAAAACCCAAAAAUGUUAAACUGACAUCAAAAUUUGAAUUUUCCGUUUUCCAUCGCGCUUUCGAGGACCGUAAAUGUUCCUAAAUACCGUCUCAGAUUGAAUCAUUUUUCUGGUCGAACUUUCAAUGACACCAUUUUUUUUCCUUUAUCGGAUGAGAGGAUCGCCUUUUUUGGAUAUUUUUCAUUCAUCCAUGAAACGCUCGUUGUAAAAAUAUUUUUAAACCUACAAGGACUUUAAAAGCCAAAAUCGCCAAAAAACAGACCUUCUGCAGGCCAUGAAAAUGAUUUCUUGAACAAGAUUUUUUUUUUUCGAUUUCCUUCAUUUAAAUUUGAAACAUUCCAUGAGCCUCUUUGUAAGUCAUAUUCUGGAACGUUUUCCGCCUCCUUUAAAAUUUUUUUAAACUCGUAAAGAAGACCUUUCUAAAAAAAAAAACCAUUUUCCCUUUUCCCAACUUUUUUCUUCCGGCACGUCUCAGACUUUCUUCUUGUUCAAUCUUCAAUCUGUUUUUUAUUCAGUACAAUUUUUUGAAGGUUUGUGGUCUGAUUAAAAAACCUUUUUUAUUCCACUUCCCAGCAAUCGUUGGGGAAAAUCUAAAGGUAGUAACCGAAAUCUUUGAAACCUUUCACUUGUUUUUUGUCCACAAAUUUAAACGGUUUUGUUCGACGUAGUAAAAGGAGGGAAUCCUACAAAACUCGAUGUUCAGAUGCAAAAAUGGGCGGUUGGAAACCACCGAACGCAAGAGAACGAGGAAAACUUCGCUGGUGUGACGGUCAUAGCUGGCGAUCAUCGCGAUAGAGGCAACUGUUACAGUUUUCUCUUUUUGAAGAAUUCCCUCCGAAGGAGGCCAAAAAAAAGAUCAAUAAACAUUUUUAGUAGCGUACAAUGUCGUGGAUGAGCAGAAAGAGUACGAAGACCCCGACUAUUUCUACGGCGAUUUGGUCAGGUCCAGGACUAGCGCCGACCGAAUCGUUCGUUUCUCAACAAUUCUCAUUUCGAGAAGAACUUUUUUGGAAAAAGUGAACUUAUCAAGGCUUUGCUUUCUCAGCGGCAAUCAGUAGUUAUUAGUUAAAAAAAAAUAAAAUAUGCUAUAUUUUGAGUUUUAUCUUUCACCUAGUUUUCAGAACAAACCUAGAAAAAUAUUGCAUUUUUCUACUUUUGCUGGUUUGAGACAAAGUUUCAUGAAGUUUUUUUCAAAAAGAUUAUAGAACAUCUUUUAGCUUAUAAGUCUAUGGUUUAUCCAGGUAAAGACACCUCCGCCACUGCCGCCACCAAUGAAACCUACUCACAUUGCGAUUCGCAAUCCCAAAAAGGUAAGUUCUCAAAAAGUCUUUCGAAGAUUUCGAGAUCCGACUAAGCGCUCCUUUUUCAAGAUAUUCAAAAAAAAACAUUCAAAACUCGUUGUGAACAAUAAAAACGACAACAUAUUUCCUUACGUCAUCUUAAAUUGCUGAUUGGCUUAUCAAUCGUUCGGAUAACAUAUCCAAAAAAGACGCGAAAUUGAGAAAGAAAAACUUGAUCGAGGCGUCGAUUUUUUUUCUCUUUAGCUGUCCACACCGUAGGAAAAAAAAACAGGUCAGAAAGCGGUGCUAAACUAUCAGGGCCGUGAAUCUCUAUUUAUACCUUUUUAGAACCGCUAUAGGCAAAGCAAUGGUUCAAAACAUGAAAAGUAAAAAAGAAGUCCAAGAAAAAAAAUUAUGAAAUAUUUCUAGAAAUCGUCAGUUCAUUGGAAGGUAGCUUGCCUAUCAGUGGCGGUAACUCUACUGGUCGUAUUUCUGAUCACCGUCGUUUUUUCCCUUUUUCUAUUUUCGACGGGCCCAGGAUUCCUCCAAAGACAGUCAUAUGACCUGGUACUACGGAAAAAGAUUAUUUUCUUCUGAAACAUGAAUUUUCAGCCCCUCAGCACACAGAGUUCCCAGCCAAGCCGGCGAUCAGACAUGGAAAUCACGCCGAAUCACUUGCUAACCUUACUUAUUACUAAACGAAAGGUGUGCAUUUUCGAGGCGGGUAGCGGGGACGAAGUUCAGAGCAGGUAUGUUGAAACUGUUUCAUAUGUACUGAAUAAAUAAUUAAAAUAGAAACAUUAGUUUCAAGUUCACAAUGCAACCUAGAAGAAACCGCUUGGAUAACUACAUUUGUUGAUCAAACUAAAAUACAUAGCUUUGAGUGAGCUUUCUUUCAUUUACAUAAAACUUCCUAUAAACACAUUCUUUCUUAUUUUUUACUCGCUUUUAAAACUUUAAAAAAAAAACUAAAAUUCAGAGAAUCCUUCUCAGCGGAUCACAUCGAAUCCGCUCACCUCAUUUUCCACUCAAACUUGAGUCACUCUGGCGUACCAGUCCACCCUCUUCAAUUCCAGAGGUUAUUUCUUCAAGAUAUCAAAAUAUUCUUGAAAGGGAAUUUCAAGAUUUGCAAGAAACCAAGGUGUGGACAACGACUGUCACGUCGUGAUCUACGACCGGGGACAGAUGAUUUGGAGCACCUAUGCCGCUUGGAUUUUCAAGGUCCCUGACUAAUAUUUACUCAAAUAACUAGAGAACUUUUUUUUUUACCUCCUGAUGCCAGAACAAGAAAAAAAACUCGAAAACCAGAUCAAUUGAGAUUUUUUUAAAAAGUUUCCUAGUGAAAAAAAUUCAAAGUUUUUUUUGUUGAUCGAAAAAAAUUAAUUUGUAUAUUUUUACAAUCCUCCUAUGAAAAAUUCCUGAAAAAAAAACUAAUUAGAGCUUCGAAUCGAAAAGCUGCCGUAAUUGUAUCUUUAUCCAAAAUUUCUAAUGAGAAUGAUCAUGAAAACAUUUUAAAAAUCGAUUAGUUAAUUAUCUAUUCACCUAGAGUGUCUCUUAUUCAUUUUUUCGAGAAUUAAAAAAAUGAAUUUUCAAGCUUUUCGGCCAUCGGAAAGUUUCCCUGCUCGCCGGUGGAUACCUCGGCUGGAAAACUUACCAGGCCAGAAGUUCACAGUACAAGACCGAGAAAGGAGAUGUCCAAAAGCCACUUCAAGGUAAAUUUCAAAGAAGUUAAAACUAAGAAAUAUAGAUCUUCAGGGGAUUUCCUGGCCUCGUGGAACGAGUCUCUGAUAGUGACCUACGAUGAUGUCCUACUCAACACCGAAAUCGACAAUUUUGACGUUGUGGAUGCCCAGACAAAGGAGGUUUGAACCCAUUUUCACAAUAUAAUAGACAAAAAAGGUUUCGAACAUUUUUCGAAGCAAUUGAUAUUCGGAGAAUUUAGGAGUUUCUCGGAAUCGCGUCAGGUGCUCUCUAUGGACACAUCCACGGCGCUAGAAACCUUCCAAUCGACGCCGUCUACGACUGGGGCUUGGGUCAGUGGAAAGACUCGAAGCAACUCGAGACAGAGUUCAACAAUGCGGCUCUUUCGCCUCGCAAACCAGUGGUUCGUUCAUUUUGGAACUCCCAAAAAAGCUCUUCAUCUCGAAGAUUGUCUAUUGCUCGACCUCGCUACGAUCCUCAAUGAUUUGGUGGGCUUUGGCAAGGUCCGGCUACUCGGCCAAAAUCUACUUCGGCGGCUGGCCAGAGUGGGUCGUUCGAGCGCCUGAUCAACUAAAAGUCCUCGGCCCAACUUCGAGCUAA